AAGUUUCCCAGUCUCGAUACGGAAACAAACGAGGUACCUAGGUAUUCGUGGGGGACCUCCCUCCUUUCUAGUGUGAUGGACAAUCUUUCCAAAGAUUCUAGGUGGAACGAAACACAAAAUGUGGGAUGCAUUUCCUUAUCUAGUGUUUGGCUUACGACCAUUUUAAAUGCUUGCGGUCAUCUCGAGAUAAAAAGGGGGCUCUAGAGAAACCUAAAGGAGGAAGAUACACCCUUCGAGGGACCCACACAAGGCUAACGAGACGCAAAGGGUCGAGAUGAGGAAAAAAUUGGAUGCUUUGACAAUCGAUGAUGUGGUUUUUGAUCCAUAUUUGAGACGCGAUGAGGAUAGAGUUAAUGAAGUUGGUGAUAGAUUAUUUUCUGAUGUGGCGACCUACCUUAUACCUUUGUUUCAUCCAACCGGGUUCGUCAUUUUAGAUCCUCGUAGAAAGCUCCGUCAAAUUGGUAUUGUCCAUAAAAUAGUACCCGAAGCCUCUCAUUUUAAACCGAGCAUAACCAACUCCCAAUUUAAGGACAAAGAUGUCAAAUUAACCUAUGAAGCAGUAUCGUUGAUCGAUCAUUCGAAUGCUCGCUCAGAACAAGUAAACCAAGAUGUAGGCUUGAAGCUUCUUAUAGAGAUUCCGAUGCGGAUGAGAAUUACAUGGAAUGGUAUCAAGAAUGGUCUCAUCCUUAUGUGGAAAUUUUGGAUCCGGAAGCGAGAAAAUAGUUCAAGAAGGGAGACAGUUCGACAUCAAGGCCAUCAAGGACUGAUUAAAGUGAUCUUGGAGGGAGAUGGUGGUACGUAUACUACUAAUUAUCCUUAGGUUUGAAUAUGUUUUUUUUUAAGUAUA